CUGUCACACUCGCGCUCUCUCCCCCCCUGCGCCAUGGAGACGGGUCCCGGUCCCCGCCGGAGGAGCGCUGCCGCCAAGGAACCUGCCGGAAUGGGGGCGCGGUUUCCGUAGAAACCCGCCGCUCGCUCGCUCGCCCGCCCGCCCGCUCGCUCUCUCUCUCUCCCUCGCCGCUGCGUCUCCGGGCUGGAGCCGGUAGCCUGCCACGGUUGCGACGGGGAAAAAGAAGAAGGAUCUCUCCAUCCUCUCCUCUCCUCUACGCUACCCCCUGCGCCUGCGGAAGGAUCCCUACCUCUCUCCUCCCUCCUCCCUCCUCCCCCUGCUCCUCCUCCUCCUCCGUCAGUCACCUUCAGCUUCAGUAGGAUUGCUGAGCGCUGUCGGGCAUGGCGCACGCUGCCUCCCAGAUCAAGAAGAACAAGGACUUUGACGUGAACGACGUCGAGGACGAUAAAGAGAAGAAGAAGAAAAACAAGAAGAAGUCCCGGGAACAAAAGAAGAAGUCUGACAGCAACGCCAGCUACCUGCGGGCCGCCCGGGCGGGGAACUUGGAGAAGGCCCUCGACUACCUGAAGACGGGCGUCGACAUCAACAUCUGCAAUCAGAAUGGACUCAACGCGCUGCACCUCUCCUCCAAAGAGGGCCAUGUGGAGGUUGUGGCCGAGCUGCUCAAGCUCGGGGCCAACGUGGACGCCGCGACGAAGAAAGGAAACACGGCGCUGCAUAUAGCCUCGCUGGCCGGCCAGGCGGACGUGGUGAAGGAGCUGGUGAACCACGGGGCCAACGUCAACGCCCAGUCACAGAAUGGGUUCACUCCACUCUACAUGGCCGCCCAGGAGAACCACCUGGAUGUGGUGCAGUUUCUCCUGGAGAACAGCGCCAGCCAGAGCAUGGCCACAGAGGAUGGCUUCACCCCCCUGGCGGUGGCUCUGCAGCAGGGACAUGACCAGGUGGUGUCGCUGCUCCUGGAGAACGACACCAAGGGCAAGGUGCGCCUGCCGGCCCUGCACAUCGCCGCCCGCAAGGACGACACCAAGGCUGCGGCCCUGCUCCUGCAGAACGACCACAACGCGGACGUGGAGUCCAAGAUGAUGGUGAAUAGAACGACGGAGAGCGGCUUCACCCCCCUCCACAUCGCCGCUCACUAUGGCAACAUUAACGUGGCAACGCUGCUGCUGAACCGCGGUGCUGCGGUGGACUUCACAGCAAGGAAUGACAUCACCCCUCUCCACGUCGCGUCGAAGCGGGGGAACGGAAACAUGGUCAAGCUGCUGCUGGAACGGGGGGCGAAAAUAGACGCCAAAACCAAGGACGGGCUGACCCCCCUGCACUGUGGGGCCCGGAGCGGUCACGAGCAGGUGGUGGAGAUGCUGCUGGACAGGGGGGCCCCAAUUCUGUCCAAAACAAAGAACGGGCUGUCUCCUUUGCACAUGGCCACUCAGGGAGACCACCUCAACUGUGUGCAGCUGCUGCUGCAGAACGACGUGCCCGUGGACGACGUCACCAACGACUACCUGACCGCGCUGCACGUGGCCGCCCACUGCGGCCACUACAAGGUGGCCAAGGUCAUCGUGGACAAGAAGGCCAACCCCAACGCCAAAGCGCUGAACGGUUUCACUCCGCUCCACAUCGCCUGCAAGAAGAACCGCAUCAAAGUGAUGGAGCUGCUGCUGAAGCACGGGGCGUCGAUCCAGGCCGUGACCGAGUCGGGACUCACGCCGAUCCACGUGGCCGCGUUCAUGGGCUACGAGAACAUCGUGACCCAGCUGACCCAUCACGGAGCCUCGCCCAACGCCACCAACGUGAGGGGAGAGACUGCGCUCCACAUGGCAGCCCGGGCGGGGCAGGUGAAUGUGGUCAAACACCUGGUGAAGGCCGGGGCCAAAGUGGAGGUUAAGGCCAAGGACGACCAGACCCCGCUGCACAUCUCCAGCCGGCUGGGGAAGGCCGACAUCGUUCAGCACCUGCUGCAGCGCGGGGCAUCGGCCAACGCCUCCACCACCUCGGGGUACACGCCCCUGCACCUGGCCGCCCGCGAGGGCCACGAGGAGGUGGCGGCCCUGCUGCUGGAGCAGGGCGCCUCGCUGUCCGCCACCACCAAGAAAGGCUUCACCCCCCUGCAUGUGGCGGCUAAAUAUGGAAAGAUGGAAGUGGCCAAGCUCCUCCUUCAGAAGGGCGCCACCCCCGACGCGGCGGGAAAGAGUGGCCUAACUCCCCUGCACGUCGCAGCGCACUACGACAACCAGAAGGUGGCGCUCCUCCUGCUGGACCAGGGAGCCUCCCCCCACGCUGCUGCCAAGAACGGCUACACCCCGCUGCACAUCGCUGCCAAGAAGAGCCAGAUGGACAUUGGCACCACGCUGCUGGAGUACGGCGCAGACACGGGCGCUGGCACGCGCCAGGGCAUCCGCCCGCUGCACCUGGCCGCCCAGGAGGGCAGCGUGGACAUGGUGUCGCUGCUGCUCGCCAAGAGCGCCAACGUCAACCUGGGCAACAAGAGCGGGCUAACGCCACUGCACUUAGCAGCACAGACGGACAAAGUGAGCGUGGCUGAGGUGCUGACCAAUCAGGGGGCAGCUAUUGAGCCCCAGACGAAGAUGGGAUACACUCCACUGCAUGUGGCCUGUCACUAUGGUAACGUGAAGAUGGUGAACUUCCUCUUGCAGAAUCGGGCUAAGGUCAAUGCAAAAACGAAGAAUGGGUACACGCCCCUGCACCAGGCGGCACAGCAAGGCCACACCCACAUCAUUAACAUAUUGCUGCAGCAUGGUGCCUCCCCCAAUGAGCUCACUGUGAACGGAAACACGGCCUUGUCCAUCGCCAGGAGGCUGGGCUACAUCUCGGUGGUGGACACCCUGAAGGUCGUUACCGAGGAGACGUCGACCGCCGCGGCUGUGAUGGAAAAGCAUAAAAUGAAUGUUCCGGAAACUAUGAACGAGGUCCUAGACAUGUCAGAUGAUGAAGGUGAGGAUGCGGUGACCGGCGACACCGACAAGUACCUGCGGCCCCAGGACCUGAAGGAACUCGGCGACGACUCUCUUCCGCAGGAGGGCUAUAUGGGAUUCAGCCUCGGCGCGCGGUCUGCCAGCCCUAGGAUAAGUUCGGAUAGGUCCAACACGCUGAACCGCAGCUCCUUCACCCGCGACAGCAUGAUGAUCGAGGAGAUCCUGGCGCCCAAGGACACGCUUCAAAAUGUCUGUAAAGACAUCUCCUUCGUUGUCGAUCCUCAGAAUAAGCACCUGGCGGUGACGCGGGAGUGCAGCUCGGACACCCAGCGGCGGUACAGCUGGGCGGCUGACACCACGGACAACGCCCACCUGGUCUCCAGCCCCAUACACUCAGGCUUCUGGUCUCCUCUCCCUCUGUAUGACUCCAGGUUCCUGGUCAGCUUCAUGGUGGACGCCCGCGGCGGCUCCAUGCGCGGCAGCCGCCACAACGGCAUGCGCAUCAUCAUCCCGCCGCGGAAGUGCACCGCGCCCACGCGCGUCACCUGCCGCCUGGUGCGCCGCCACAAGCUGGCGUCCCCGCCCCCCAUGGUGGAGGGGGAGGGGCUGGCCAGCCGGCUGGUGGAGGUGGGCCCGGCCGGGGCCCAGUUCCUGGGCCCUGUGAUAGUGGAGAUCCCCCAUUUUGGCUCCAUGCGGGGGAAGGAACGUGAGUUGAUUGUGCUGAGAAGUGAUAAUGGGGAAACGUGGAAGGAGCACCAGUACGACUACAGGCCUGAGGAGCUCAGCCACUUGCUCAACGGGAUGGACGAAGAUAGCGCUGAGCCAGGCUCUGGAGACUGCAGUAACACCGCUGCUGUCGCUCUCUGUGCCAAGGCUCAGCCCGUCCCGGACGAGCUGGUGAAGAAGCUGGUGGGGUCCCGAGCCACCUUCAGCCCCAUAGUGACCGUAGAGCCUCGCAGGCGGAAGUUCCACAAGCCCAUCACCAUGACGAUCCCGGUCCCGCCUCCGUCUGCGGAGGGAAUGUCCAAUGGGUACCGAGGGGACAGCGCCCCCUGCCUGCGGCUCCUCUGCAGCAUAACAGGUGGCACCUCACCUGCCCAAUGGGAGGACAUCAGGACCGCUAUCCGUGACCAUCGUCCCUUACACCACCGUGUCUAUCCCAGUGCUCCCUGUGUGUCACUGAGCCUGUUUCUCUCUCCCGUUCCCGCCGCAUGCAGGUUCUGGCUGGCGGACUGCCACCAGGUGCCGGAGACCGUGGGCCUGGCCGCUCAGCUGUACCGCGAGCUCAUCUGCGUCCCCUACAUGGCCAAGUUCGUGGUGUUCGCCAAGAUGAACGACCCGGUGGAGUCGCGGCUGCGCUGCUUCUGCAUGACGGACGACAAGGUGGACAAGACGCUGGAGCAGCAGGAGAACUUCGAGGAGGUGGCGCGGAGCAAGGACAUCGAGGUUCUGGAAGGAAAGCCCAUACACGUGGAUUGCUAUGGCAACGUUGCUCCGCUGAUCAAAACUGGACAGCAGCUAGUGUUCAAUUUUUAUGCAUUCAAAGAAAACCGGCUUCCAUUUUGCGUGAAGAUCAGGGACGUUAGUCAAGAACCCUGCGGCCGAUUGUCCUUUCUUAAAGAGCCAAAGACCACUAAAGGUCUUCCACAGACUGCCAUCUGCAAUCUGAACAUCACACUGCCAACUCUGAAGAAGGAAAUGGAGUCAGAUCCAGAUGAAGAGGCCGACAAACCCGAGCGACGUCACACCUUCGCCUCGCUAGCCUUGCGUAAGCGCUACAGCUACCUGGCCGAGCCCGCAUCGAAAACAGUUGACCGAAGCUCACCAAGAACACUGCCUGCUGGUUACGCUUACAAACCUGUCUUUUCCACGAGACCUUACCAGGCCUGGGCGGCUGCUCCUGUUACCGUCGCUGGGCAAGCAAAAUCUGGAUUUGGUUCCCUCUCCAGCUCGUCGUCCAAUACACCGUCCGCCUCUCCACUGAAGUCCGUGUGGUCCAUCACCUCGGCGUCUCCAAUCAAGUCCAACCUCGGAGCCUCCACCGCAUCCUCGGUCAAGUCAGUUAGCGAUAUGGCUUCUCCCAUCAGGUCAUUUAGAACUAUUUCCUCCCCGAUAAAGACUGUAGUUCAGCAGCAAGCCCAGUAUCCGGUUCAGGUCUCCUCUCCUCUGCUCUCUUCCCCGGGUAAAAGCGCGACGGACCCCGUGUCUGUGAAGGGCCUGGCCGUGUCUCUGGCUUCACGGACGUCCCCCGUCAUGAACUCGGGGUCACUGCUGGAGCGGUCUUCGAUUGCCAUGACCCCGCCCGCGUCUCCAAAGUCGACAGUAAACAUGUACAGUUUGCCAUAUAAGUCGGUCAUAGCCUCUGCGUCACCUGCGGCGUCUUCCCCGAUGAAAAGUGUGUCCGGGCUGUCCUCAAUCAGAUCCAGUGCAGAUGCUACUAGUGUAUCAAAAGGACUGCUGGCUUCAUCUCUCUCCUCACCACUAAAAUCCUUGCCCACCCCCUCUGCUGCCGCACUGAUCAAUGGAUCCGUUUCACCAGUCAAAUACCCUUCUUCGUCGAGCCCUCUGUUUUCUGCCGGGCUUAGCAGCUUACAGGAAAGGAUACAAGCCACGACUCACGCGGCCACGACGAGUAUCAGCGCUGCUAUGGACGAAGCCGAAAAAACCUUCAAUUCCUGCUCAGCGUCUGGCUACGGAACGCUGAAGUCCAUAUCUUCCUCGCCUUCCUCGUCCUACCAGUCGAUAAGAUCUUCCCCAUCAACCUCCAUUUACGCAUCCCUGAGGUCUCCUCCAGCUUCCUCGACCACCUCUGUGACGUCCGCCACCAUCACUGUCCCCGUGUACUCUGUUAUAAACGUCAUGCCAGAGCCCCAGUUUAAAAAACUUCCUGAAGUCACCAGAUCAGCCGCGGCGCUUGUGUCUCCUCUGAAGACCAGGACUGUGGAACCCCAAACCCCAGCCCAGUCUUCCUUCUCUAAGACACUGUCCCCAGUAAAAUCCGCCCUCUUUGCCAGUCCUGCAGCCAUGAAAUCAACUGCCACAUCUUCGAUGUCAUCCAGUCAGGAGAUCUUGAAGGAUGUGGCAGAAAUGAAGGAAGACUUAAUACGGAUGUCUGCUCUCUUGCAGACGGACACCAGUCCAACAGCUAAAAGCUCCAGGUCAGACUCUCCCAAAGAACAAAAAAUUGAAGAUGAAGAGCCCUAUAGAAUUGUAGAGAAAGUGAAGCAGGAUCUAGUUAAAGUGAGUGAGAUCCUGACAAAGGACGCAUUGAGAGAGAGCAAAGCCUCCCUUAACAAUAAGAGAUCUGAGGACGACUGGGUUGAGUUUUCAAAAGAUGAGAUACAGGAAUCUCAGCAGAAUGGACGGAGGUGUCCUCUGACCUACGACACAGGUGGCUUCCAAGUCAGGACAAAGUCCAUAACUGAUCGAGAUUUCAAUCUAGCCAGGGUAGUGGACUACUUGACAAAUGACAUUGGAGCCAACUCCCUUUCAAAAAUCUCUGACGUGAAGUGCAGAUACGAUGAAGUGAGGAGAGAGGGUGAGGAAAAGCAAAAACGCAUUCUCAAGCCCACCAUGGCCCUGCAGGAGCACAAGCUUAAAAUGCCCCCGUCAAACAUGCGCUCCUCUCCCUCUGAGAAAGAGCUGUGCAAGCUUGCCGAGGCUUUGUUUGGCACCGAUGCCGUGGUGGUGUCCCCGGAUGACAUAUCGCACGACCAAGAUAAGAGUCCUCUCUCUGACAGCGGGUUUGAAACCCGGAGCGAGAAGACCCCCUCGGCCCCUCAGAGCGCCGAGAGCACGGGGCCCAAGCCUCUGUUCCACGACGUCCCCAUCCCUCCCGUCAUCACGGAGACGCGCACCGAGGUCGUGCACGUCAUAAGGAGCUACGAGCCCACCGAGGACAGCCAGGAGCCCGCGGUCGAGGAGUCGCGAGCGUCGAUGUCACCUGUGUGCGUUCAGGCCGAGCCACAAGCUAACGGGCCCGUCAGGGACAAGGCCAAGAGUUACCAGGUGAAAAUCAACUCGGAGGAUGAUGCUGCAGGCAAAGGCAUGUGUGUCAAAGAGGAAACGCACAUCACCACCACAACUCGAAUGGUCUUCCACAAACCCCAGGUAAAAGAGUCUGCAUCCGAGAGGAUCGAGGAAACCAUGUCGGUUCAGGACAUAAUGAAAGCAUUUCAGUCCGGCAGGGACCCCUCCAGAGAGCUAGCCGGGUUGUUUGAGCACAAAGGCGGAGAAAAUCACAAAGGAACUGAAUCAUCAGCCCAGCUUCUGGAAAAGGACGUCCAUUCAAAACCCAAAGUGGAGAGAAUAAUCGAGGUUCACAUUGAAAAAGGAAACAAAACAGAACCAACUGAGGUAAUCAUACGGGAGACAAAAAAUCACCCAGAGAAAGAGAUGUAUAUGUACAUGGGGGAUCACAGGAUAAAGGAGUUACCAAAUAAAGCAGACAUGGAUGAUGAUGUGCAUCAGGAAAAGGAGGAGCUUAUUACAGAAGAAUCACCUCCCCCCUACAUAGAAUCAUCUAGAGUAAGUACCCCAGUGUCACAGGAGGAGGACAGUCGUCCAGGUUCGGCUCAGCUUAUCACCGAUGACUCAUAUAGAACCUUGAAGCUACUGAGCCAGCACUCUGUUGAAUAUCAUGAUGAUGAUCCAACAGAUCACAGAGGAGAGUCCUACAGAUUUGCUGAGAAAAUGCUUCUUUCUGAGAAAUUUGACAUGUCUCACUCAGACACAGAGGAGUCCGGGACCGACCGUGCUCAUGCCCGAAGCUCGGAGCUACAGGAUGCAGAGAGGCAUAGAAGUGAGAGGGCUUCAAGUAGUCCCAAAAAAGAGUUCCUCAUGAAGCCAUCAAGGGAGGCAUCAGGUAAAUUUAAUUCUAAUGCAGAUCAGCACAAAAUGACAGUGUUGCAUUACACAGCAGAACCUGGUAGCCCAAAGCACUCUGUGUGGAUGCGUGUUACUGAAGACAAAGUGGACAGGAACAGAGAAAAGCUCAUAUAUGAAGACAGGGUGGAUCGAACCGUGAAGGAGGCGGAGGAAAAGCUGAGUGAGGUUUCUCAGUUUUUUCGCGAUAAAACGGAGAAACUGAAUGACGAGCUGCAGUCUCCCGAGAAGAAGGCCUGCAAGGGAAGUGCCAGAGAGACUCGGUCAGGACCCAGCUCCACGUGCAGCAGCCCUGAGAGAAAGCAUCGGAUGAACGGAGGUGGUAAUGAGGAGUGGGGUAAAGACAGAAUGGGAAAGCUGUUCAGCAGUGAAAGAAAAUGUGCCAGUUUGCCGAGCAGUCCCGAGAGACGUGUUUUGCCCCAGUUUAAUAAUGAUGAUAGACCCAAACGUGCUGAUAGCGUAUCGCACAGCUCUGACAGCGAGGCUUCUCAACCUUUCCAGCUUAAGUCAUCCACAGUGAACUCUGUAAGACUAAAAUUUGAAUCUGAAGCUAAAAAACAAGAGUGGGGACAAAAGUGUGGGCAAACAAAACCCCCGGUUAAAAAACUACAGGAAAGUAAACUUCCUGUGUAUCAGUUUCUUGCUGGAGAAAGGGCUCUUAAAUCUGCAGAAGCAACUGACAAAGGGCCAAACCAUAGAGACACUGUAGAUAUUGAAUGCAAGGCAAUUAUUGGACAAAGCACAGAUAACAAUAGGACCCAGAUCUCCUCAGUAACCCAGAAACAAUCAAACAGAUCACCAAAACACUGUCAGGCAACAAAUAGCCAGGAACCGGAUACAAGGAUCUACAAGACCUGGGACAGCCAUGGAAAUGGAAACAAGAAUCAGAAGGAUAAUCUGUCCCAUACCCUCAUUCAAGGAACAUUAAAGGAGGCCAACGGGAAUGACAUUGAAAAUGUGGUCACAAGGCAAGAGCAAGGACAACUUUUUAAAAAUGGGACAUUGAACAAGGAAAUGACAGCAAAUUCCCCAACAAAAAAAACUAUCUAUACAGAACUGGUUGUUCAGGAUAAUGCUGAGGGCCUUGACGCCUGCAACGGGACCCUAAAAAAAAAGACGGAUUCCCAAAUUCCUGUUAGGAUGCCAUCUAGUUUCAGAGAGAAUAGCCAGUUUAAAAAGUCAACACCAGACAGCUUAAUAAAACCCUCUGAUAGGACUGGGUCACAAAUUCCCUCCUUGUGUAAAAAUAGAUUAGAGAGUAGUGUUGAUACAAGCACAUCUAGGGCAGAUUUAUCCAUAAGCAAACCCAAUGUUUUGGAGCGUAGCCUAGUUAAAGAUACCAUAUCCGAUGACGUUGGUAACAGCACUCCAGUAGAGUACAUGGAAAAAGCAGCAACCACAGUCAAAGCUGAAAGCUCUAGUGAUAUUAAAACACUGCCAGUUUAUGUCAGUAUACAAGUAGGCAAGCAGUAUGAGAAAGAAACUGCUGGUGUGCAGCAGGGAACUUACAAAAAGAUUGUCAGCCAGGAGAGCCGAACAGUGCACGAGACUCGGGGAAUGUUUUAUACUGUAAAACAGAAGCAACCACCAUCUCCCCAAGGCAGCCCUGAAGACGACACUCUGGAGCAGGUCUCUUUUAUGGACAGCUCUGGGAAAAGUCCCCUAACCCCUGAGACUCCUAGUUCCGAGGAAGUUAGUUAUGACCUCACCUCCAGAACGCCAGAUUCUCUAUUUGGCUUCAUGUUAGGCAAAGCCAGUCCUAUUGCAGAAGUUUCUGAGGAAUUAGAGGAAGAGGAAGAAGACAAAGCCCCUUUUUUCCUCAAGGAUUCUCCAACAGGCAAGAUAAAACCUUCCCAAUCUGAGACCACAAAUGCAAACAAGGAUAUGGGGAAGAAAACUAAGGAAAAACGAGUUGCAUAUAUUGAAUUUCCUCCACCACCUCCAUUGGACCCAGAGCCAUCAGAGACUGAAAAAAAGGGUUCCUGUGCAUCAUCUGAGACGGAGACUGAAAUGAUGGAGGUCAACCUGCAGGAGGAGCAUGACAAACACCUUCUAUCUGAACCCAUCAUCAGAGUUCAGCCCCCAUCCCCUCUGCCCACUGUGAUGGGAGAUAGCGACUCCAGUGAUGAUGAGUCUAUAUUUCAACCCAUUCCCUUAAAAAAGUAUACCUUUAAGAUUUCAGAGGACGAUGAGAUGCGCUCCAAGCCUAAAAGGCAAGAAAAGAAUGGUAACCACAAUGAACAGGAAACAGGCAGUGAAGCCAAAGGAGAGGAUUUUGAGUUUGAGCAAAACGGAAACGAUCAGUCCGUUACCGACUGCUCAAUUGCAACUACUGCAGAGUUUUCUCAUGACACUGAUGCAACAGAAAUAGAUUCCCUUGAUGGGUAUGACCUUCAGGAUGAGGAUGAUGGUCUGAGUGAGCAGGACUCAAAACCAACAGGCCUACCCAAAGACAGUAGAAAAGAUAUGAAGGACAGCCUUUCAAAGGCAUCGGAUCGCUCCUUCAGGCUUGAAGUCAUCGAGGAAGAGAAGGGUGGAAGUGAAGAAGGGGGAAAUGGAGAAGAAAAAGACUCAUCUGACAACAAGUCAGGAGAUGAAAACAAAGAAAUCUACUCUUUGGAAGGACGACAUCCGGACAGACAAGGAUUUGCAGAAAGCUACUUUAAUUACCAAUUAGAGGAGGAGUUGGACACAACUUUUAAAACUAGUGCAACCAAAGGCUUGGACUUUGAUCCUUGGCCCAGCAAAGGCGGAGAAGGUGACGUUUUUGAUUCUAGAAUUAAAGACGAAGAUCCCAAGCCCUUCGGUUUGACUGUAGAGGACAGGUCACAAGCAACUACUCCAGACACUACCCCUGCCAGAACCCCAACAGAUGAGAGUACUCCAACUAGCGAGCCCAACCCUUUCCCCUUUCACGAAGGGAAGAUGUUUGAGAUGACUCGCGGUGGUGCAAUUGACAUGAGCAAGCGGGAUUUUGUUGAAGAGAGACUUCAGUUUUUUCAGAUUGGUGAGCAUACGUCUGAAGGGAGGUCAGGGGUGAAAGGGAAAGGGGUCAGGAGUCCAGGUGGAGCUACCUCACAGGCAGGGGACAAUGCGCUAGAGAUAACGGAAAAUGCUCCCACUGACACUACGACCACAGUCAAGUGCAAUCUCAUUCAAACCAGCACUGACUGUCUGAACACGUCAUCUGGUGACAUAAUCAUAGCGGAGACAUCCUCAUGCACAAUAACAGCCUCCAAAGUUGAUUCUAAAUUGCGCACCCCUAUUAAAAUGGGGAUUGCAGCUUCCAUCACCAUAAAAAAAGAAGCUGGUUCAGUUGAAUUAACUGAGUGUAAAGCAGACUCGUUAGACAGUCCAAAUCCAGAACACUCAGGCUCUGAAACGCACACAGGCAGACUUGCAGCGUCCAAGUCAUCCGAGAGAAGAGAUUUCCCGACAGAGAAUCGCAAUAACAACAACAAUCUCGAGUCCUCAAACGUGCAGGCCAAUUACAUUCAGUGCGGCAGUGUAGUGUUCAAUUUGCAGUGCUCGUCAGAGCCCACUCUCCAGCAGGUCAGUAGGAUUGAGGCUUCCUUCUGCAGGGACUCUGAGAGCACGAGAGGAGAGGGUGAGCCAAGGGGGAGGAGAAAGACUAGCGAGUCCAAGGAAACUGAAGUUAGGCCCCCAAAGUCGAGGCUUCCGGUCAAAGCCCCUGGCUCAGCAAGCUCAAAAGCACUGAGUUCUACAGCACAGGGGAAGCAGAAGCCGAGACACGCAGUUAAGCCCGAGGUCAGGAAAAAGGUAGACAGCAGCCCAACGGCCGUCGAACCCAGGUCUAGAAUUCCAGUAAAAGAGGUUAGGAGGAGUAACGUUAGUUCCCCCGUUUCAGUGCAGAUUGUGUCCAGGUCGGUGAGAACGGAGAAAGACCGAGCUAAGCAGGUGCCCCCCAGGUUGCCCGAUAAAGACAGGCCCAGUUUCGGCAGUGGCUCGGCGUGCGAGGCAGGCAGGGAGGUGUGCAAACGCUCCAUCGAGUACUUUAAGGGCCUUAGCGGGGAGACCCUAAAGCUGGUGGACCGCCUCUCUGACGAAGAGAAAAAGAUGCAGUCAGACAGCAUUUCCGAUGAAGACAGCACGUCAAGAAGCACCUCACUGUCGGAGGCCUCUCAGCCUUCCCUUACGUCGCGGUCCGCUAGGGAGCGGAGGGGCGAUGCCGCGCCCGCGAGGGCGAAGGCUGAGCUGGCCGCCGGUGAGAGGCGGCGGAAUAGGCGGACUGGUGGGCAUGGAGGCAGUCAGGCUCCCCCCGUGGAGAUCAAGCCUAGCCCAGAGAGUCCUUGUGAGAGGACUGACUUGCGGAUGGCCAUAGUCGCUGACCAUCUGGGCCUGAGCUGGACUGAGCUGGCCAGGGAGAUGAAUUUCUCGGUUGAUGAAAUAAACCACAUCCGCCUGGAGAACCCAAACUCACUGACAGCACAGAGCUUCAUGCUGCUGAAGAAGUGGGUGAAAAGAGACGGCAAAGACGCCACAACGGACGCCCUAUCCGCCGUGCUGACGAAGGCGAACCGCAUGGACAUCGUGACGCUGCUGGAAGGCCCAAUAUUUGACUACGGUAACAUUUCAGGCACCAGAAGUUUUGCGGAUGAUAACUCUGCUUUCCUGGAUCAAGCAGACGGUUUCGACAAGCUGCAAAUGGAACUGUGCUUCCCCACAGAGCUGGGCCCGGACUCCCCCGGGCUGCUCUGGACAGACGAUGUCUUUAGUGAGGAGGAGGAGGAGGAGGGUAGGCUAGAGGCCUCUGCUGAAGCCCCCUGCAGGCCAUGCAGGCUGGUCCUGAUUGAGCAGCCCCAGGGCCCGGCCCCUGGCCCCUCUUCCCCAGAGGGCCUCGGGGUGGGCAGCAGGCAGAAGGGCUGUGUGGAAGAGGAGCCGUGUGUUACCCACGCAGCCAGCGCCUCCUCAGAGCACCGCGGCUCCACCAGGGAGCGGGUGAGAGAGAGCGGGGCGUCAGUGGAGCGCCGGGGAGCGGGAGAGGAGCGGCAGCAGGAAGGGGGCGCCACCGAGUCCCCCCUGACGGCCUGGGCUCUGGCCCUGCGGGGCGGCAGCGAGUCUGCCUCUGAUGAGGAAGAGGAGGAGGAGGAGGAGGAGGAGGAGGCUCGGGAGCGGUUGAACUCCCUGCGGGGGGAGAGCUUGGAGGGGGAGGAGAGGGAGGAGGCUGUGCUGAGUCACGCAGAACUGGCAGAAAGAGACCUGUCUUCAAUUCCAGGCUGGGGCGACGAGGUGCCCAACGUUACCAUGGAGACGCAACCCCAGGGCCGCGGUCUGAGUGCCGAGCCGAACAGCCAGCAGGAGCACAGCCAGGAGACGUCCAGUGAAUCCACCACGGUGUCCUCCAAGGCCAGAGCAGGCCGGCCCAAACAGAACGGGGAUCACACGCACCCCCCGUCCCAGGCCGGGACGUCCCGCACACCCCCGCAGCCCAGCGCGGCGAAGGGCCAGGACGAGCAGGCGGGGCCGGGGCGGGGCGAGGACGCCGUCCCGUCAGAGCACAGGCCUCAGCAGCAGCGUAAAGGUAGUAACUCCAGCUCAGAUGAAGAACGGACUGUCACCAGGGUGUUUCGCCGACGGGUGAUUCUUAAGGGAGAGGAGGCCAGAAACGCCCCCGGAGACUCCGUCACCGAGGAGCAGUUCGUCGACGACGACGGCAACCUCGUCACGCGAAAAGUCAUCCGGAAAGUGAUCCGUCGCGGGGGCGCCUCCUCGGACGACAGGGACAGAGACAGCGGGAAAAGGGCGGCGGACUCCAGACCGAGGCGGGCGGCGGAGGAGGGCGACCUCGCCCAGGGCCCGGGGCCUCACAAGGCCAAGGCCGAGCAUGGAGAGGGAUCCCAUCAGAAAAAGAGGGAGGGGAGGAACGGGGACAAGAAGAUCCACUCAUAACAGUUACUGUGCUUCCCCUGCUUCCAAGGGCGAGAUGACAGGAGAAAGGACAUCGCCCAGCUGAGGUGGCAGUCUGCAGCUUCCACAUUAACGCAUGGUGUUUUAUUUCCCGCAAGAAGACUUUAUGAUUUAGCAUGAGCAUGAAUACUCGCGUUCGUCAGUGACAAGGAGAUUUUACAACUAACGGCCAUGACAUGCCAUGGUGUCAAGAGGAGCGAUUUCUUUUCCAGCUGUGGAUCAUCAACGAAAAAAACACACAAAGACUCAAGAACAACGGAGACAGAGAAUACCUUUCUUGUGACCAAAGACGGCACAACGGCUCGUUUGAACGGGGAAGACAGUAAAACUCCUGAAUCACCAUCUGUACUCGCCUUACAUUUCUCUUGGACCCAUAAUGUCAGGGUGCAAAAUGCUGUUUCUUUUUAACGAAGUGAUGAGUGAUUCUGCUGUAUAUAAAACACAUUGUAUAAAUUCUAAAAUACGUACGUAGCUUAUGAAUAUUAAGGCACUGUGGAGUGCAUCGAACUUAAACAACGUUAUUGAAACUGUUCCACUUUUACAGAAAUUGAGUAUAACCUCACGUGUCCUUGUAUAAUUAUUAGCAGGUUAAACAUUUGUAAAUUAAAAAAGCUAGCUUGAUUUUAACAGAGCAAGUUUCUUUAAAAUCUACUUUCAAUAAUUCUCAAAAGGGGGGAUAUCUAGUUCUGUGAAAGCGUUCAAUCAGAGCACUAAUAUUUUGAAGCAUGCGAUUCACCAUAUUUUAAUUACAGAUUUUGUAAGUUUGCAAGACAUUGUAUUAAAAACAAGGAAUAAAAACCCUUCCCCUGUGUUACCACACACAGCCCUGGUAAUUGCAACACUUGACAGUUAUUUUAAGACGCUGUCUUUAAAAUAUCUUCCUUAAAGGGGGAACAGAGUGGCUAUGCUUCAUUAUUUUCUGAUGGUUCACCGCUUGCUGAUGCUGAGCUGAAGGGCAGCUUCUGCAAACACAGACUGGAAGAGAGCAAGAAAAACAAUCUGAAUGUAUAAGCUAGAAGACUGGUGCGCUGUACAAUUAUAACUGUAUCCUGUAUCGGCCAUAAGAUGUAGAGGUACCUGUAAGCCAAUCAUUUGUAAUUUAUCUAGCGGUGUAUUAAAGGGCAUUUUAUUUGGGUUUUGGUGAAACUUUUUUUUUCUUUAGUUGAAUCUGUUCGUUCGAGAACAACCAAACGCAUUCAUUGAUAGUCCUAAUGACAUAUGUACGUAUGAGAAAUCAACAAACACUGGAUGAUCAAAAUGAUUAUUUAAGCAUAAAAUAAAUUGUGUUUAAACUCAGAUUGUGUGUUCUUUUUAGACUUGAUCUUUAUACGCAGUGUCUAGCACUAUUUUGAUAGCCUGUUAAUAGUUCACAAAACUGUGGUUCAGUGCAUUAGAUUUCUCCUCAGUACUUAAUUUUUAAAGAGAAUGAUCAAACAGUAAUGUUAGAGCAGAUUAAGUGCACUGAUGUUGCGGUAGAAAUAAAGAUGUGGAUUACUUCAUUUAUUGAGUAAGUGAAGUUCCUGUAGGAUGCUGUGUUCCAUCCUCUAAACAUGUAAAGCAGUAACUGAAGGAAUCUUUAGAAUGGUGAAACCAUGUAAUUUAACGGUUUUGUUGAAUCUGUGUUAUUCAAGCGAAUAAUAUAUGAUGUACAAUUCUUACAGAGUGGAGCCAUUUCAGUGAGAAAAGUAUAGCACCCGAGUCAUUGGAAGGUAUUUGCUACAUUUUCUGAAAAAAAAAAAAAAGCUAGUGGCUUGCUUAAAUUGAAUAAAAUAUUAAACAGCAUUGCUUUUGCAAA